AUCGUCAUUUCUAGAUGCCAAAUAGGUUGUCGUAUUAUAUGUUCCUGCCAUGGAUUCUUUAAUCGAAAGAUGUACUCAGAGUACUCACAAGAUUAACCCCGUGAGAUGGUUUCCAGACCUUUCUCAAUGUAAGAAGAAUGUUGAUGCCAAGAGUGUCAAGACGAAGAAUAGCAGGUGGUUUCCGGACCUGCGUCAAUGUUGUACACGCGGAGGCGAGAAGCAGAACCCUCUACCGAAGCUCAGUGGAACUGGUGAGAGGACCACCAAUGUCUGUUCGUUUCCGAAGCGUCCGCGAUCGAACACGACAACAAGAAAGGUUAUUGCGCCAUGCCGAGCAGCAAACACAGUGAUGGGUCUCUGCACAACUCGCAAAACGGGGAGUACAAUCCAGAUAGAGCGCCCAGGGAAGCGGCAGUACCCGAACGUUGAAGGCGAACAAUCCAGAGAGAGAGACGAUGUGCAGGACAUGAGCGAGAACUUUGUUGUGAAAGAAACGCUCUACGACAGCGUGGCGCAAGAAUUGCGUGACAACGACACUGAGGAAGAGGAACCUAGUGACGACGAUGAUGAGGAGGGCGAAUCGAGCGACGUCGAUGAGGAGGAGGAGGAAACGAGCGAGGAUGCCGAUUCAGAAGACACAAAAUCUGAGGAUGAUGAAGGGAAGAAUGAGUCGAGAAUUGAUGUCGACAUGUUCAAGAAGAGUCUAUCUGGAGAACUUCUAGGAGAAGCGAAGCAAAUAAUAGCACAGGAGGUGAGGAGAGGACUGUACAGCAAAUCAAGCAAGAGUGAGAUACCUCCUUACAACUUGGGAAAGCGUGGCAGGAACGUACGUGUGUACAACAAGAAAGCUAACUACCACGUGAACAUGAAGAAUGUCGAACUAGUUCUGAAGGAAGAUUGUUGCAAGGCCAACUGUUACAAGAAGUUCACUGCGGUAGAUGUUUUCUACAAGCGCAAAGAAUUUUGGGCGAUGAAACAACCUGAGCAACUCAACUUCUUUCUCGCAGAGAUGAGGGCUGCGUCGUACUUUUCGGAUGAGGGAGAUUUAGAGGUGUUAAGAGUGACGUUCAACGACGUAAAGGUUUGCACAAAAGCGUGGGGAAAGCUGUACGGAUGCUCGACUACACGUGUUGCAAAGAUACGCAAAGAAUUCAGAGAAGGAAUGGUGUUAGAAGGUCUGGACAUCUUCAAGUCAGAGCCAACAGGACAAGUUCAAGCUUCGCCAAAGCAUGCAAUCCGAUCUUUGGAAGCAAGAUAUCGACUUACUUGUCGGGGUGAGGACGAGAGGCGUGAUAAGGUCGUCAGCAGUGAAGGUCAUGUCCGUAAUCGAAAAGCGGGAGGAUCUUCGAAAUUCAAGGUUGACGAUGAUGUACUUUCCAUCGCCACCUUAAAAGCCAACGUACAUGCCCUGUCGCAUUACGCUCAACCCCACUACAUUGAAUGGUGGAAUAAGUUUAUAUCAACGCAGGAAACUCUCGACCUUGAGGACACAAACCUCAAAGAGCCUUUCGCGUUGCCCUCUGUAACAGCUGAUGUCAGCAGAGCAGGUGAAGAAGUUCCACCAACCGCUAACGGCUUUGACCAACGCUGGGAUGAUCUUUUCCCUCUUGAAAGACCCAUCUACAUCGGCGCACGAAAGAGCAGACAGUUUAGAGAGGACAGAGACGGAAAGUACGACGAUGUCGAGGUCAACACUUUCAUCGCAUUACGAGCUUGUUCGGGGCAGGAAGAGAGAGGCAAACCUUACCACAUUGGCAAGGUUGUCGAGCUGCUAGCAGGUAAACGAUUCAAAGUUGCUUGGUUUGCACAACGUGAGAAAGGAGAGGGUUACUAUCCUUAGUUCAAGACAAAUCCUCAAGGAAAGA